AUGUCAGUGACGCAUUUUCGCCUAUAUAAGGCCCAUUUAAAAUCAAAAGCUCAACCAGAAAAUUAUUACAUCCUAUUCGGAAAAGUAUUUAAGAUAAUUCGGGAAAUCUUAUUAAAUCCUUAUCCGAAAUUAGGAACACCAAUUCCAGCCAUGGCGACCUCAUACUUGGCCAAUCUCUUCUCUCUCCUCAACCCCUCCAAACCACCACCGUCGGCGGCGCCCUCUCGCGCUCCCAAACUCCCUCCGCUUCAUCUCUCCUCGUCAAACUCGCAUCCAGGGUGCGAGCCGCUGGUCCUGUCCAACGAGGCGCAGUCGCGGCCUUCGUACUCCUCCGACGUCGCGGCGGUGGUGUGCCCUUCGCUGGCGUACGCGAACACGAUGUUCUUCCGAUCCGCGUACAAUGUGCAGGUGAUCGUGGACGACAACGAACCGGAGGAGAAGCUGCUCGGCCGGUUCAGGAGGGAAGUGAUGCGCGCCGGAAUCAUUCAGGAGUGCAAGCGCCGCCGGUUCUUCGAGAACAAACAGGAAGAGAAGAAGCGGAGGGCUCGCGAUGCUGCGAAGCGCAACCGUCGGAGACGACCUCAAGCGAAAUUCGCAACACAAGACAAGCCAGAGAUCUCGAAGAGCAAGAAGGAAGACGAUGAUGACAACUGGGAUAUUCCUGAAGGAGUCCUUCCCAAGUGACCAUAUCAAAUUGCAGCAGCAUGUGAAUUUUCGAGGUCUCAUAGUCGCAGCUUUCCUCUGCUGAUUUUGGCA